AGGCAGAUGGAGCCCCUGGCUGAGGGCUUCAGGCAUUAGAAUAAAAGAUGAACUUUUCUCGGGCCCACCUUCGGAGUCCUUCCUGAUGUUCCUGCCUGAUGCCUCAUCUCCCUGAACGGGCAGAGGGAUGUUCCCAGCUUGGAGACUCCAGCUCAGCCGGUGAGGGACAAAGGGCCCCUAAUUCCAAAGUGUUUGGAUGAAGAUGGCAAGUUCCUCAGGCUCCUGGCUCUCCAGAUGCUUCAUCACACUCGUCUUCCUCCAGUUGCCUUUGCGUGUGUCAGCCCCAUCUCCAGGGAGGUUCUCCUCAUCAGCAGUGGCUCUUGCUGUGAUCCUGCCUGUCCUGGGGAUUUUCAUCAUGGUGGGCAUUUACAUCAUCUGGAAGCAAAGAAGGUCAAAAGAGAGGCUUCUCUAUGAACACGCAAUGGAGGUAGAAAAUCUUCUCUCAGACCAUGCAAAAGAAAAAGGACGUCUCUAUAAAGCCCUCAAGAAACUCCGGCAUGAACUGAAGUUAAAGAGAGCUGCAGCAAACUCAGGCUGGAGAAGGGCCCGGCUACACUUUGUGACUGUGACCCUGGACCCAGACACAGCGCAUCCCAAACUCAUCCUGUCUGAGGACCGCAGGUGUGUGAAGCUUGGAGACACAAGGCAGCCUGUGCCCAACAACCCCCAGCGAUUUGACUUCGUCGUCAGUGUCCUGGGCUCUGAGUACUUCAUAGCUGGCUGUCACUACUGGGAGGUGUCUGUGGCAGACAAGAGCAAAUGGGCCCUGGGGGUGUGUAGUGAGUCGGUGAGCAGGAAGGGGAAGGUCACCGCCUCGCCCGCCAAUGGACACUGGCUCCUGCGACAGAAUCGCAAGAAUGAGUACGAGGCCCUAACAUCCCCGCAGACCUCCUUCUGCCUGAAAGAGCCCCCGCGGUGUGUGGGGAUUUUUCUGGACUAUGAAGCAGGAGUCAUUUCCUUCUACAACGUGACCAACCAGUCCCACAUCUUUACUUUCACCCACAGUUUCUCUGGCCCCCUUCGCCCUUUCUUUGAACCUUGCCUUCAUGAUGGAGGGAAAAACAUGGCACCUCUAAUCAUCUGUUCUAAACUCCAAAAACCGGAAGAAUCAACUGUCCCCAAGCCAGAAGAAAAAGGUCUUGCUAAUGGAGACGUGGCCCUGCAGGUGGACCCUCUUCUGCUCCCCGCUCAGGCACAAGAGCUCCUCCCACUCACAGAUAUGAUCCUGUCCUGGCCCUCUGACAUUGGCCCAGCCCUGCAGGGGCUCAAGGUUCCUUCUUUUUAGGGAUGAGCCUCAUCACCUUCUCCCCAGAUGCUCCAGCCCAGUGCCCUGGAUUUCAGUCUCUUGGCCUAACCACCUGAUUCUGGACCGUCUCUCCUCCUUUCCCCCAGGCCCCUUUGUGGUUUCUCUUGUACCAACUUUCUCCCAGGGCUCAGUUCUAAACCGUGUCUUCCUUCUGGGGACUUGAAGUUUACAUUGCCCUGGAAGAAUUCUUGAAAACCAAAUGAUGGGAAUUCCCUGGCGGUCCAGUGGUUAGGACUCCGUGCUUUCACUGCUGAGGGCCCAGGUUCAAUCCCUGGUUGGGGAACUAAGAUCCCGCAAGCCGUGUGGUAUGAGCAAAAAAAAAAAAAAAAACCCAAAAAGAUGGGAGGAAAACCAAAUGAACAAUCAGAUUAGGUUUAGGUGGUGGUGUUGAAUGUGUGUCACUGAGAUACAGGGGCUCUUUACUCGAGGGGCUGUUUAAAAGCACUUCAUCCUGCCUCAUCCUGCACUCAGGCUUGUAGUCAUGAAGUUAUGAUGACCAGUGACUUCUUACUUAUCCUGUCAAGAACUGCUUUUCUCCUUUUCUCUGUUCAGGCCUCUAGCCCCCAUAGCCAGCUUUUUAAAAGUAAACAUGUUUUGGAUCACACACUCUUCCUUCUUUCUUCUGGAAUAUAGGGCAGAAGGCAAGGGGAAUUAAAAAAAAAAAAAGCCACCCUUUUCUAUUUCCUUGAUCCUGUUUACAGCACAGUUUGGUGACAUUCAGUGCUAAUGUACAUGUUUUCAAAGCUAACUUGGUGAUAACCAGGUAUGGGGACUUUAAACGUGGUAGCCGUAAUCCUGAAAAACCUCAGGAGGAAGCUGGGAGGUAUGGCUUCAAACAGAGCAGCUCAGCUGUGU